GUAGUACCGAUGGAACGAGGAUACUCCGUAUUCGGUCAACAUGUGCACUACACCGGUGCUCGCUGAUAUUCAGGAGCGUUGUCGUGAAUCGUGAUCACUACCGGACGAUAAAUCACCCGCUACGCACUGAGAGUCCUCUCGGAGUCAUGCCGCUGCAUUCACUUUUCCCAUUCUCAACACCCGAAUGCACUGUCGCCCCCGAGUCCGAAAUCCUCGCCAUCCAUUCACCGUUCCGCUUUGUGGCAAUAUCUGGGCCUCGUUUGGGGAUGGUCAUGACAUACGGCUAACGUCAUUGCGGCGUCAACCAUGGUUUGGCAUACAUACAUUAAGUGGUUACUCAGACGUCAGGACCCUGCCUCAAUCUCCUCCACUGCCUCAUCUCGAGCGUUGAUUUUUGAACUCGAUAUAUACCGUACCCCACUGUUCCCAUCGCACAGUCGAACCCAUUCACAAAUCUCAUUACAUCUCGCAAAAAUAAUCAAAAUGCCGCGGCCUCGUUGGGCGUUGUCCGUCGAGGCAAACUUCUGGCGCUCGGCCAUGGCCGCCGGGAUGUAUCUUCACAAAUGUGCAUCACCGGUCCCACCUCCUCCUUCCUUCACGCUACACAUCCCUAGCACGCUGUCGAAAUUCCGGGGUACGAUAGACCUUUCAUUCUUCACACCGCCGUCGUAUGUCGCUCCCAAGCUCAGCACGCGGCCACACCCGCACCGGUCCGCCACUACUCCCCCGGCUCCAUCCGCAAAACCACCGCAGGCAUAUCCCGUCAUCGUGAAUUUCCACGGUGGCGGCUUCACCAUCGGUAACAGCCUUGACGACAUCCGCUGGUGCUACGCGGUAACGCAACAGCUCGACGCGGUGGUCAUAAGCGUCGAGUACCGCCUAGCACCAGAAUACCCCUUCCCAACCGCUGUCGAAGACGGCACCGACGUCCUUCUCUGGCUCGAGACGCACGCGGUGCUGUACAAUCUCGACGCCACGCGCAUCGCUAUCUCGGGGUUCAGCGCGGGCGGGAACAUGUGUUUUUCUGUUCCGCUGCGGCUGCACUACGAGCUGUGUCUGCACCCGAGACCGACGUCGUCGAAGAUCGUGGCUAUCGCUGCGUUCUAUCCGAGUACGGAUUUUACGGCGACGAGGGCUAACAGGAGGGCCACAAAUAUUAGGCCGGAUAAGGAGCUGCCGAAGGUCUUUACUGAUCUGUUCGACGCCAGCUAUCUCCAUCCGCCCAUGGAUAUUGCGAUGGACAAUCCUUUCCUUUCCCCCGCGAUGACGGGGGAUAAGGAAGUCCUCGCUGCAUUUCCGGAGGAAAUAAUGCUUGUCCUGUGCGAAUGGGAUGAGUUGAGAGCGGAGGGCGAACGAUGGAGGGAUAGGCUUCGGGGACUAGGGAAGAAGGUUUGGAGUGAGCUGGUGGAAGGCGUCGCCCAUGGGUGGGAUAAGGGGCCGAAUCCAGUGUGGGAGGAUGAGAAGGCUCGUGCAGUCUACGGCAGGGUUUGCACAGAGCUCGGCAGAGUCUUUUACGGUGACGCCUGGGUUUCCGUGAAGGAGGUCGGGACGGUCUCAACGGAUGUAUUGGCCACGGCCAUCUGAAUGAUAUCCAGUUGGGUGCUUGGGACGGUACGGCGUUUGAUAUCCAAAUUGACCAGCCUCCUAUUUGUAAUUCGUAUUUUCAAAGGGAUAUCCAAAUUGUAAAGAUCAUGCGGUGUAUUUGUGAUAUCUUAUGAUUCUACAAAGCUAAGGAUACCUAGUCGAGG